AUGACUUUCCUCCCCGGGCUUAGCGCCAGGAGGGCGCGGUCCAGGCCGGGGCGUCGGGGGGGCCCCGGCGGCGCGCACAGUGCAGGGCCGGCCCGAGGCUCCCUGGACCGCCACCAGGGUCCGGAGGACGGGAGGGGCCGACCAGCUUCCCCGGCCCGCUUCCCCAAGUCCCCGCGGCCGGCCCGCCCGCCGGCUCCCCCGGCCUCUCCUUCUGAAGCCGGACGGCCGACCUGCCUCCUUCCCCGACCGCCCCAAGUGACCGCGCCCGCCGGCUCCCGGGCCUCUCCCGACGCCGGCUCUGGCUGUCAGCGCGGACGGCCCGGCGCCCCUCGAGAGCCCACGCGGGGCACGGAGGAACGGUCAACCCACCUGUCAGGUGGCUGGGUGGGGAGUAUCCUCACGCCGGCAGUUCCCCGGUACCGCGCCCCGCCGGAGCCCCAGUGCCAACUGUCGCCACCACCGGCUCGGCGGCUUCUCCAGACACACAAAGAGGGAUGGGCGGCGGCUGCUACGGCGAGAGCGGAGGGACAAACAAUCUCACCACGACGAGGUCGCUCUCAGAAAUAA